GCUGUCGCGCGCGCCGGUCGCACGUCUGAAGCGACGCUGUAGUCAUAAUAUGGAUAUAUAUAACAUCCGCGCCCUCGUCAACAUUCACUUCUGUUAUUUGUGGUUUUGCGAAGUCUCCGACAAGUAUAAAUGGAUUAUAUUGUAAAUCGCAUCCGGUGUGGGAUAGAUUUAAGUACUUAGUGGGAUAAAUAAGAAUUAGGGUGUAAAUGUGUUUUGUGUGUAGUGAAUAAAUAACUUAUUAUGUAUAGAAACAUAGACACGAAGAUGGAAUGUUACAGACUGCUGUUGUUGCAAACGUGCUUCCUGCGCUAGUUAGUGAUUCGGUCAUAGAUAGUUUAUAAAGACAAAUCUGAUUCGGUUAGAAGUUAGUUAAGUGAUAACCGGAGCAUGCUGAUCAAUACAUUUCUGGACACUGAGGAUUUUGUACAUCUGUACUAUCCAGAAGAUGAGACCCCGGCAGCGCAGGGUUGUGGCGCAGGUGCCCGCCUCGCCUCCAAGUACCCCCGACCGCCCUCGCCUGACUUCAAACAGUCGGCGUCCUCCAGCGCCAUGAGUGAGCGUGAUCGUUACCGCGCCCCUCCCCAGCCGGAGCCCCCGCCGCACCGCGUCCGGGCCUCGGACCUCUAUCCGAGGACCAGGCCUCACCUGGACGAGCCCGGCCUGGAGGCUGGCUUCGCUACCAUAUGUGGCGAGUUCGUACAGUUCAUCGGACGUACGUCUGAUGGCGGGACUAUCGCCAUGUCCAACUACCGCCUUCACCUCCAGCCUCGGCGACGCACCGGUAGCCUCGGGUCCUCCGUGCCGCUUCGCCUGAUCGAGGCGCUGGAGAUCAGAGACCUGCUGUGUCUCAUAAUACUCUGCAAGCACGGACGACAACUCAAAUGUUCGUUCAACACUGGCGAUCAGUGUGUGGAGUGGUGGAGGAGGCUGAACACGGCGCUGGUGCCAGUCAGUACAUUACAGGAGACGUUCGCUGCGGCCUACGCUGCCUGGGCCAAGGAACAGCCUAACAACUCCGUCCACAGGGCGCUCAUGAGGGCCUCCCAGCCGCCUCAGAGACACUGGUUCAAACCUGAGUUGGACAGGCUCGGAUUCACAAUGAAGGGUGCGUGGCGCGUGUCGGCCGCCAACGUGGAGUACAAGCUGUGCGGAUCCUACCCCCCGCUGCUGGUGGUGCCGGCCUCUGUAGGGGACGAUGACCUUGAAUCCGUCGCGCGUUUCCGCGCCAUGCGUCGUAUCCCGGCGGUGGUGUGGCGUCACCGCGUGUCCGGGGGUAUCAUCGCGAGGUCCAGUCAGCCCGAGGUCGGCUGGCUGGGCUGGCGCUCCGCCGAGGACGAGCGACUGCUGGCCGCCUUCGUGCACGCCUGCAACCAGGACAGGCCCAUACCCAAUAAGCAACUGAAGCUGCUGAUAGUGGACGCACGCUCGUACGCGUCCGCGGUGACGAACCGUGCUCGUGGUGGGGGGUGCGAGUGUGCUCAGUACUACCCCGCGGCUGAUAUACAGUUCAUGUCGCUGCCCAACAUCCAUCACGUGAGGAGGAGCUUCCAGCAGCUGAGAGCUCUGGCUGCUGAACCACCAGAUCAACCCAAUUGGCACAGUUCCCUAGAGCGUACACUAUGGCCUCAGUACGUGUCGGGGGUGCUGCGAGCGGCGGCGGCCGUGUCCCGAGCGGCCGCGGCCGGUCGACCUGUGCUCGUGCACUGCUCCGACGGCUGGGACCGUACACCGCAGCUGGUCGCCGCCGCCCAGAUCAUACUCGACCCUCACUACAGGACCAUAGAGGGUUUCCGCACGUUGAUCGAGCGCGAGUGGUUGGACUUCGGUCACAAGUUCGGUGAUCGCUGCGGCCACUCGUUCGGUGGCGAGGAUCCCAACGAGCGCUCGCCCGUGUUCCUCCAGUGGUUGCAUUGCAUCUACCAGCUCAUGCUGCAGUAUCCCUGCAGCUUCGAGUUCAACGAGGCCUACCUGAUAAAGCUGGCUGUUCACGUGCAUUCGUGUAUGUUCGGUACGUUCCUGUGUAACUCGAGCCGUGAACGUGUCGAGUAUCACACGGCUCACACCGCUCAAGUGUGGCGCCUGUUGUCCUCCCCCGCCUACAGGAACCAUCUAUACACUCCGCACGAGGAUCAGGUGAUAUGGCCGGAGUGUAGCGUGCGGUCCAUGCAGGUGUGGUGGGGAGUGCUGCUGGGAGAGAGAGAGCGGGAGCCGCCGCGACACAACACACACGUCGACAACAACACAACAAACAACACAAACAACAUACACAACGGUCUAAUGACGAAGACGAGAUCCUGCGAUAAUCUCCACGGAGGCGAGAAGAAGACGACCCAACGCCGGUGUAGCGACCCCAGUCUGGCGCCCGACAUCAUGAAAUUAUCGUUACUGAAUGGAAGCGAAAUACCAGACGCACAAACAGACACCGACACGGAUCAGGUGGACGGUCUUCAUCCUGAUCACUUUGACAAUCAUCUCCGAGACAUAACAAGCAACUCCUCGUCGCUGGAGAGGGAGCUGGUGUCAUUGCCGCCCGUCACCCUGGACGCCAAGGAACAGGACAACCUCACCAACAGCACAGACAACGACGAGCCGAACGAAGCUCUCACCAUUACCACAAUCACCACCAUCGACACCAUCAACCAUGACGACCUGAAAAUUAGCUCCUCCAACCAUGAUAUUAUGAACCGAGACGCUAUGGAGCUCAGCACCUUGAACAACGACCCUGUCAACCACACCCCGGCGAGCCCCUGCGCCCGACUGGAGGUCGACUCGCCCGAAGAGCCCGCUGUAUUUGUUUGUGAAACCUACACCGACGUCAUCGGCAUGGCGGAGGCCGCUCGCGAGUCCGCGCGCACCCGGAACAUAAGUAUAACGUGGCGGUCGAUAUCGGAGUCGAGCAACCAGUCCUCGACCGGCUUCGACAUCGGAGACAACUCGCCGCAGACGCGCCUCGAGCCCGCGACUCGACUCGACCCGCAGGAGAUCAACAACCACAACUCCACUGACGGGGAUGUCGUCAACCAUAACAUUGUGACCAACAUGACGAACCACAACAGGGGAGACGGACUGGAGGGGGUCAACGGGGUCUCUGACGUCACUAACAAUUUCCUGGAGGUAGAUCUUAAUGCAUGCGCGUCACCGUGUAGCUCGUCCGACUCGUGCUGCGAGGCGGUGCGCGGCUCCAGCCAGCUCACUCUGUGCCCGGCCACGCCGCCUCACACACACGGCGCGUGUUGCGCUUGCUCCAGCGAGGCGGAAGAGGCGGACGAGACGUUGGAGGUGACGACGGCCGCUCGGACGGGCUGGUCGUGUUCGUGCGGCAGAGCGAGAGCUGUGGAAGGAUGCAGGGACUCGCUGGAGGGGGUGGACGGUUUGGACGGCCUGCCUCUAGCCAGCGACCCCGUCCAGGCCAGGCUACAUCAAAUCAUACUACAACAUAAGAAAAUGGUGGAAGAUUUAAACGGACAAUUGCGGGAAGCGCGCGAGGCUUUGAGACGUGCGUCAGGGGUUCGGACCCCCGCGGCCGUGACACGACCCCCACACGCCCAGAGCCCUACCGGCGUGUCAUCCUCGUGUGUGACGUGUGUGGGUCCCGGAGCUCCGGGCGGGUCCAGCUCGGGCAGCUCCAGCGCCUCGGAGUUGGAGGUGUGUGAGGAGGCGCGGGUCCGUUGGUUGCCGGACGCCGCCGCUCCUCGUUGCCAACACUGCCGGAACUCCUUCUGGCUGGCGAGGCGUCGACACCACUGCCGGAGGUGCGGUGGUAUAUUCUGUGGCUCCUGCUCCGAGAUGUCUCCGUGGGGUGACAUGGGUGCCGUCCGAGUGUGCCGCCGCUGUCGGGCACUCCGGUGACCGCCUCGGCCCACCACCCCGGCCCUCGCCCCCGGCCCGCCAAACGCCGAAGCCCUAUGAACGAACACCCCCCUCGAUCGCCCUAACGUCUAGUUCUGUCAUUCGAAUACUUUGGUCUGUCCUAGCCAUCGACCCCUAACGCAUUCGCCCCGUCGAGAUAAUGAUCAACGUUCAUCGAUCCAACAUAUCGUGAUGUUUUAAGAAGAUUUGUAAAUCGAAGGAAAACUUCCGAUCCAAAAACAUAAGUAAAGCUGUGGCUGCGAUGGCAGAUAGAGACGUAGCGGAGCGAGAUGUCGUAAGCUUUCCCACUCACUAGUCAGUCGCUUCGUCAGUAAACGCGAGUGAAUGUUACACCUGCAUGACAUCGCUAACAUGAAACAUUACAAUUAAAAACAUCAAGACAAAUAGAUAAUGAAAUAGCGAUUUAAUGAUAUCGAAGUAAGGACAAAGUUGUGAUCGUAUUUAGAUAAAAUGAUAUAUUAAUGAAAUUAUCGUCCAGGUUAUAAGUUUCUUCGUCAGUUGUCAUCGGAGACUGAAUUUAGUUAAAUUGAUUCGUACUGGGUGAGCGAAGUCACUAGUACAAGUACAACUACGUCUGUGACCGUCGCCCUUCUAGUGACACGGGCUACUCACACUACAGACACUAAGAUCUAUUCGGACACAACAAGCGAGACGAGAAGCCAUUUUGUUUGCCUUAACCGUAAUAUCAGUCGCUUUGAUGCUGACUUGUCAUUGUUUUCUUCGUGACAUUGAUGAUAACUUUUGAAACAUACGUCCGUAAGCGGUCAGCGAGCGCCAUGUUUAACUGUAACCGUACGGGGAACUGUCGCCGCCGGCACUGGGUCACUCCUGUUUGUUUGUUCACCACGCGUAUAUCGUCAUUAUAAUAUUUAUAAAGUUCGUACACCGCCGUAUCACCGCCAUCUUUCAUUUAGUGUUGUAUCGACAACGUGCGAUCCUCAGCCUCGUCUUGACCUAAGUCUCCCGAAUUUAUUUAUUCUUUGAAAAUAAAGAUUAUUUUUUAAGUUUCUCGUUUACACUAGUUUUGUUGUAAUGUAUAUUUUGUUUAUAGACAAGAUUUAGUCAAGGCGAGAACCGAAGUACGUACGUCCAACGAAGGAAUUGUUACUAUUAUAUGUUACAUUCAAAGAUCGAAGUGAUUUAAAAAAAGAACACGUUUGUGACCAAUGAAUGACAUUAUGUAAAAUAAAGCAUAUUUAGUUUAA